AUGUCCCGCCCUGGCAAAUCCAACCGCCGCCCCUCUUUCCCCUCCUCAGCCGCCCCUGCUGUCCUCAACAACAUAGAUCAGCCGGCAUCCGCCUUAUCCAAGGGCGUCGUCCCGAGUAUAGCAUUCGUCAAGCACGGCAAAUACAUUGCGCUCGGCUCGGCCGGGCUAUGGUAUACCGGCUUGAUACCCCAUGCGCGGGGCAUACUGGAGAGCAAUAUGGCCAAGGGAUGGGCGGGAAGGCUGUUGAUGCUGGCGAUAGGUCUCCAUGGGACCACUGUGGCUAUCUUCCUGUAUCUCGUAGUUUUCUUGCCGUGGCUGAGAGGUUACAUUCCAAAUUAUCCUCUCUGGCAGCAGUCCGCCCGACUCCGAAUCAUCGUCCCCCUACUCACCUCCACCAUCCUCCUGGGCUGGACAAGCUUCGUCAUCUCCCUCACCCAGGCAGGUGAUCGCUCGGUGCUGGGUGCCCUCGGUGACGCAGUCAAGGCUGUCGGUGAGGGGGAUAGCGCCCGGCUUAGAGCUGAGAGCGGGAUGGGUGUCUGGCGGGCUAUGGCAGGAUCUACGGCGCUAUAUGUCCUUACUCUCGGCGUCUUGGGCUUCAUACCCAUGCCAACGAAUGUGUCCGUCGGCAAGAAGAAGGAUUAA